AUGGCACAACAGCUCCCGUCGGCAGCGCAACUGCUCCCAUCGCACGACGACGAGCAAGCUGGCCACCACCCAAGCUCCUUGCCGCUGCUCGUUCUCCCUAUUCCAUCCCUACACCACCGCCUCGCUCGCAGAGCAAAGCAAACGGAGAAGAAGCAGGGAAGGCGAGAGGUGAGGAGGUGGCGCCUGCAACAGCAAUGGGAACGGACCUGGGGUUCGAGGAGACGGAGCUCCGGCAAGAGGGGCUUCGUCGAGACCAUCGACCUCAAGCUGAAGCUGGAGCCGGCGACCCCCGCGGCCGUCGUGAAGGCGGAAGAGGACCAGCAGGACGACGGUGCUGCCGUUGCCGCCGUCAAGGAAGCCGUGGCUGCCGCGGAGGAGGCCGACGGGAAGAUGAAGCGGUGCCCGAGCCAGAGCAGCGUCGUCACCGCCGCCGCCGCCAUGCAGGCUGACCCCAUCGAGAAGCCGUGCGCCCCCAAGUACGUCGCCGAGCACUUGUUUCUCCUCCCUGCUGUCUCUCCCUCUCCAGCUUCGUUCGUUGAUCUAGCUACCUCUGCUUAG